AUGUAUAGAUCAAAAAAGCUAACAACCAUCGAGUAUUCAGAUGCAAACGGAGGCGCCAAGGAGGGGGGCGAGGCUGAUAAGCAGAUUAUCGAGACUGAGUCAAUUCGGAACCGGAUGGAGCAUCAACAUAUUGGUAGCGGACUUGAGAAAACGAAAAUUGCUGCAAGUGAACACGACUUGAGUACACACCACGAGAAGGCGCUAGAGAACUUGGCUCAAAAGCAAGCAGAUUACGAUUCGAUGACCAAGUUGCUUGAUUGGACUAACAGAGAAAUUAGGAUAGUCUUCGCAACUCAAAUUAUUGAAAACGCCCCGGAAUUACACGUAGAAAAAUCUGGCAUUGAGACGCUGAAGGAGAUUGAUGAGGAAUUAACAGUGGUCGCUAACGCUGCACUGUCCAUCUAUGGCCCCCCGAAGACGCCACCUGAGAAAUCUUUAAUCCUCAAAUCAUCCAGCCAACUUUCAGACCCAAGCUUGCUAGAUUUUGUCAAGGUCUAUAAGGAAGGGAUUCCUAGGCUCUUCGAACUUCUAUAUACGCUCGCAACCUUGCCGCCGUACUACUCAUAUGUUGGACUCGCUUCGAAAAGCUGUAUACUGAAAAUGUUUGACUACUUGAGCAAAUACAAGAUGAUGCCUACUGAUCUAGAGGAUGGUUUUAAAAUGACGAUGAAAAGUCCCUCUGGCCUAGAAUGGAUAGCGAAAGAAAUGCAGGGCGCAUUCCUGCCAGGCUCCAAGUACGGGCUCAAGUUUCACGUGCCCUUGAAUGAAGCGGAAUUCUUGGAAAAUCAUCCACAUUUGUCGCAAUUAGCAAAUUUGUACAAGGGACUUGGAAAAAAGGAACAAAAUUAUGUUAUGUUCCACAGUCUCAAACUAUCGAUGACCGAACUUUACGACUACUUAUUUUCAGUCCAGAAAGCUACUUCCGGCCCGAUUCCUAUUCAAGGAACCUGGCACAUGAAUUUUCUUGGAAAGAUGGAAAAAAUUCUCUUGAAGGAGUUCGAGCCCAAGGACUCCCAUGCCAAUUCGGUAGACUUGGAUUUUUCAGAGGUACAGCAGGAGAUAUUGAACUGCAGGAAAUUUUUGGUAGACCCAGCCGCGCUAUCACAUAAUCCCGAGGUGCAGCAUCACCUGAUGCGCUACUCAUUCCUGAUCUUGAACUUUAUGGAUGGCAAGCUUGGUCGGAAUUACGUCGAAAAACUCGGAUUAAAGGUGCAAGAGCACGACAGCGUGGAGUACCAGACUGCUUACGAAUUCAUGAAAUCAACCGGGGAAGUGAAUGUAUGGAAGAAUAUCCUCAUGGACUAUGGCUGGACACUUGCGACAGACAAGCUUUUCAACCCCAGAGUUAACGAAGAAGAUUGGGAGGAAAAAGGAGCGUUUUAUUGGACGAAGUUCCAGGAAGCUGCCAACCAUUACGCGAGCCUCAGCCGUUCAUUGGAAAGUGAUCCUCAACAAGCCCAACUACUCAAAACCAAUUCCUACAUUCAGUGGUACAAAGCAGCAUGGGAUUCGGACCUUGCCGAAAUUAACAGGUACUAUGAAGAUUUCAGGAAGCUGGUACAGUUGGACCGUAUCCAAGCGCACAACAUCCCAGAAUCUUACCUCCCUUAAACUCAGGGCCUGUACCAUAUGGCAUGAAAAUUUCAUUUUCCAGAACUUUUCAAACGUUAUUUUCCUCAAUUUUUCAUACCAUCAAAACUUACCAGCACCAAAGGCAAUUUUUUG